AUACAUCUCAAACGAAAUACGAUACAUGUACCAUAACAAACCCUACAAAUAUAUCAUCUAUUUUCGUUAUUACGUCAAAGUGUAGUGCUUAUUUGUGAUUUAAAAUAUUUUACAGUAAUUCAAGUAUAAAGAUAAGGAGGAGGGAAAUGAUUAGAGUUAUGUUAUAAUAAUGACAAUAUCAAUGAAGGAACAAGAUCAGAUGCCCGGGGAGAUGGGGUUCCCCGAGGCUAAACUCAAAGCAUUAGAAGAGAAAAUUUCCCAUCCCCGAUGGGUGGUACCUGUUUUGCCUGAACAGGAGUUAGAAGCUCUUUUAGUAGCAUCUACUGAACUAGCUGCAAAAGGCGAAGAUAUAAAUAAUCCAGCCUGUCAAAGAUUUUACAGUGAUGCUUUGACGGUGUCAUUUACAAAGAUUUUAACUGACGAUGCAGUCUCAUCUUGGAAGAAUAACAUUCAGCAAUGUGUGCGAUCAAACUGUGAAAAGCUGGUUAAAUUAUGUGCCAUGAAAUUGGAUGAUUCUAGAUUUUUACAUUUGCUACACAUAGCUUUUAAUCCAAACAACAAAUUUCAUACUUUUAAUGCAUCAAGAUCAUCGGAAGGUUUAUCGGCACCAAAUAUUUCUACAACUGCCGGGCAAGGUUCAACACAGGAGUCUGAAGUGUUUGCAAAAUCACAAGAUCAUCGGACACCAAGAGGAUGGCUGGUCCAUCUUAUUAAUGUAUUUGGCCAAGCAGGAGGUUUUGUUAAGUUAAGGGAAAGAUUUGAAUCUAUUAUGGGCUUUAAAAAAUCUGAAUUGACAUCAUCGGUUAUAAGUGAAGAAAAAGUAUUGAGUGAAAUAAUGGAAAAAGAAAAUGAAGAAACUAAGUUAAAUGUAACUGAAAAUAUUAUGCCUGUAACAGAAAACAUGGAGAAUUCAAUUACAAGAAAUGAACAACCAUCCUCUCUAGAACAAUCUACAAGUGGAGAUACACGAGUAGCUGCUGUAUGGCAAUUAAUACGCCCUUUUGGUGUUUGCCAUGAUCUCCUCACUCCAAAUACUGUCACUAUAUACCUCUUACCUGUUUUGGAAUGUAUUCCAACUCUCCUCGAAAGUCUUACAGAUGAAGAAUUAAAGAGAGAAGCUCGUGGCAGUGAAAACAAAACUGACACAGUGUCUUGUUUGAUUCGAGCUUGCAAAUCUGUAUCUGUUAAGACUCCUCAACAUCACAGUCUCUUGAAAUCUUUAGAGAUGUUUCGGUUGAAGAUGAUCUUACGAUUAUUACAAAUGUCUUCAUUUAAUGGGAAAAUGUCAGCUUUAAAUGAAAUAAAUCAACUGAUAAGUACAAUUUCACAACAACCUAAGCCCGAGUGGCUUACACCUGCAGUAAUUACGAACUGGAUUCGUGAGAAUAAAGUUGUAGAUAUAGUCUUACGCGAUUCUCUUCACCAACCUCAGUAUGUGGAUCGACUGGAAAAAAUGCUUAGGUUCAUGAUCAAAGAAAACUCCCUUACAAGGGACGACUUAGAUGCAAUAUGGAGGGCACAGCAAGGUAAACACGAGGCGAUAGUCAAAAAUCUCCACGACCUUCUCGCUAAACUCGCUUGGGACUUUACACCGGACCAGCUGGACCAUUUAUUUGACUGUUUUAAGGCAAGUUGGGCAACAUCAAGUAAGAAACAAAGUGACAAAUUACUAGAAGUUAUACGAAGACUCGCUGAAGACGAUAAAGACGGUGUAAUGGCGAAUAAAGUACUUGUACUAUUCUGGAAUUUAGCACACUCCGACGAAGUAUGCACGGAAAUCAUGGACGUAGCACUGGCAAAUCUUAUUAAAAUACUCGACUACAGCUGCAGUCAGGACCGCGAUGCUCAGAAAACUUUGUGGCUAGAUAAAUGCGUGGAGGAGCUGAAGAGCAACGACAAGUGGGUGCUGCCGGCGCUGAAGAUGAUGCGCGAGAUCUGCUGCCUGUACGAGGCGGGCGGCGGCUCGGGCGUGCGGCCGCACGUGACGCGCCAGGAGCUCAUCGACCGCCUGCAGACGCAGCACUCGCUCGUCAUCCUCGUCACCGACUCGCUCACCCACUACAUGGACGCCGUGCGGACCAAGUUGGCAGAGGAGAGUGAAAUAGAUUGGGAGAAUUGGCUUCCCGAUGGAAGAUAUCCGCAUGCGGCGCAAGUUCAUGAAAGAUUAAGUUUUCUUCGCUUUCUUCUUAAGGAUGGGCAACUGUGGCUCUGUGCUGAGCAAGCGAAACAAAUUUGGAUAUGUCUAGCCGAAAGACCGGCUCACUUAGGGGAUCGUGAGGCUUGCUUUCGCUGGUUUAGUAAGCUGAUGGGUGAGGAACCCGAUUUAGAUCCGAAUAUUAAUUUGCAUUUUUUUCGUCGGAAUAUUAUGACACUGCCGCCUAAUUUAUUAACUCACUCCGGAAUAAAAUGCUUUGAGAGGUUUUUUAAAGCCGUUAAUUCCAAAGAAGGUAAACUUAAAGUUAAACGACGUAGUUUUUUAUUAAACGAUGCCGAUCUCAUAGGAUUAGAUUAUUUAUGGAGGGUGAUAACCGAGUGUGACGACGAGAUCUCAGUGCGCGGCACGGAGCUGCUGCGCGAGGUGUGCACGUGCACGGGCCCGCAGCUGUCGCCCGCGCACCACCACGAGGCCUUCCUCACGCACUGCUGCGCGCGCACGCAGCGUCUGCAGAAGGACAUGGACCUGGGCGAUGCUGCUGAAUGUUGUACAAGGAUGUGUAGAGUAAUUCGUGCCAUACAGGAAUAUAUUAAUGAAUGUGAUAGAAGAUUCACUGCAGAGCGACAAAUUCUUCCGAUUUAUAGAUCGGGUAGAGGCAGGCAAUGUACUAUAAUAGUAAGAUUUAACUUUCAAACGGGCCAAAGACAAAUUGAAGAUAUAGAACUGUUUUCACACUCAAAUGAAACAUUACAUUCAUUACGAUCUGCAGUUCAGAGAAGGUUAAAAUGUGCGUCUGAUAGUAAUAUUAAAUUAGAAAUGUACAUAAAUAAGUUAGAGUUGUAUGUAAAUGGUGAGCUUUUGGACACAAGUUUUGACCGUAAAAUACUCUCACAAAUACCUCUUAGGGACAAAACUGUAAUCGUUGCUAAGGUAUAUGAUGGGCAAGUGUGUGGAAGUGGUGGUUGUGGAUCUUCAAAUGAAUCCAGUAGCGAUUCGAGUACGUCAUCUCCGCCGUUACCCCCUACUCCGGAACACGCGUUACCGGGAGUCCUUUUUGCACAAGGCUCGUGGUACCUUCCAUUCAUAUUGGAUUUGGAACAUAUUGGUAUUACAAAAGGGCAUGCUCAGUUAACUGAAGCAGCCCAUCUUUUGUCACAAAUCUGUCCUAGUCAUAAACAAACAGUGGAAAAAUUAACAGAAGCGCUUCUUAGCCGAGAUGAUACCAAAUUAAGAGAUAUGCUGUAUGGACCAGCCCCACCUACUGUUGCUUAUAAUGUAGAGGUACUAUACAGCAUGGUGAUGCCUUCAUCGGAUACAAGAUUAGAACGUAACCGUAGUUUUCAGUUAGCGUGUGUUAAGAAGGCUCCACUUUUAGUGCAAUGCUUAUCCGAUAGCGAGUUUCUAAAAGAUGCGGCUCCGCACACUAGAAGAGUCGGCUAUUUGGCUUUGGUACGACUAUCCAAAUUGGCUCUGUACACUUUAGGACAUCUUUUCGAAAUACUCGCACCAGAUGGCUCUGACACCUCUGUAGAUAAAGAGUUUCGAAUGGAUGUGACAAUAUUGAGGGAGGCAUUGCAAACGGUACCUAACCAUAAUUGUGAGCUUAUUGUUAAGGCCAUAGCUGAAAAAUUGGCGAAUACUUUAGGUGAACAGAUGGUGACCAGCAGCGAGGACAGCGACUCAGUGUCGUCGUUGGUGUGGUGGCGCGUACCUACCACCGCCACCGUGCGCGCGCUCUACUCGCUCGCACACUCCGUGGCGCAACCCGUCGACCACAACGGUCUCGUGCACUCGGAUGACGUCAUAUUGGUGCGCGAAUGCAUGGAAGUCGUCACCAUAUGCAUGGCAUUAGGUGGUGGACAUCUGGAAUCUCUUCUACAUGAAUCCUGGUGGCAAGAAACGGCGCUGUACUUAAUGAUCGAUUGCCCCAACCCACAGGUGCGGGUGUCGUGCGCGGAGCAGCUGCUGGCCAUGUGCGCGUGGGGCGGCGGCGGCGGCGCGCGCGGGGCGCUGGCGGCGCUGGGCGGCGCGGGCGGCGCGGCGGCCACGCCCCGCCUCACGGCGCACGCUCGCCACGCGCAGCAGUUCCUGCAGUUGUUGUGCCGCCUCGUGUCGCUCGCUGGGCCCACCUCGCGUACCUUGGAGGACUUGACCGUCGAGGUUGAGUGGCUUCGAGCCGUACGCGCUAAUCCUGCCAUCCUGGACGAUACUUUACUAGAAGGCCAUCUAAAUCUCACCAAAGAAUUAUUUACACAUGUCCCCGCCCAAGUAAAAUACCAGUAUGGCUCACAUCCGGACCAUAAAGACUCUGGCCUUAUAAAGGAAGUGACAACCGAAUUCCUGUGGCCAUACUCUUGGGCGUGGUGCCACAUGGGAGCCGAAGGCGAUCAGAUAGGCGAGCAGCCGGUUGAGCAGACGGGUCAGCAGACAGGCGAGCAGGCGGACGAGCCAGCGGGUGAAGAGGGCGUAGCGCCGCUGUGUCGCACGCCGGGCGCGGCCGCCGCCGCCACCGACCUGCUGCUGGCGCUCGUCGGCGCCUGCGUGCCCAACAUGGCCGCGCUCGCAGACCUCCUCGACCGGAUGUUCUAUAGCGAUAAGAGCAUGGGUCUCACCGAGUGGGAGUACAUGCCGUGUGUGGGUCCGCGGCCGGUGGCGGGAUUGGUGGGGCUAAAGAACGCGGGCGCCACCUGCUACAUGAACUCUGUGCUGCAGCAGCUAUACUGCGUACGCGCUGUGCGAGACGUGCUGCUGGCCGUUCAAGGUGCGGCGACCGACCCAAAUGAAGAUUUUUCAGGAGAAUCACAUCACCACAGCAUUUUGGAGAACAACAUAGAGGUAUACGGUCGAAAUAAAUAAGCUUCUAUGUAUACGUUAUUCAAAAUGGAUCACUAAUCAUGGAGUUUGUUUCAGAAUAAUAACGAUUAUAACAUCAAUAUAUUAAAACAAGUUCAGGCCAUAUUCGCGCAUUUGCAUUUUAGCAAACUCCAGUAUUACGUACCAAGAGGACUGUGGGCACACUUUAGGCUUCAAGGAGAACCGGUUAAUUUACGUGAACAACAGGAUGCCGUCGAAUUUUUUAUGUCACUAGUAGAAUCUCUAGAUGAAGCACUAAAGUCCCUAGGUCAAGAACAACUAAUGGCUAAAACUAUGGGUGGCACAUAUUCGGAUCAAAAGAUCUGCAAAGGUUGUCCACACAGAUAUUGCAAGGAAGAACCAUUUAGCGUAGUCUCCCUAGAUAUUAGAAAUAUGUCGCGGUUGCAAGAAUCCUUAGAGGCAUAUGUUCGUGGUGAACUACUGGAAGGAGCUGAUGCUUAUUACUGUGAUAAAUGCAGCAAGAAGGUAGUAACAGUGAAGCGAUUAUGUCUUAACAAAUUGCCUCCGGUAUUAGUAAUUCAGCUGAAAAGAUUCGAAUAUGAUUUCGAGAAAGUGUGUGCUAUAAAAUUUAACGACUACUUUGAAUUUCCCCGAGAACUGGACGUCGAACCUUACACGGCGUGGGGCUUGGCGCGCGCGGAGGGCGACGCGUCGCUGUGGGAGGGCGCCGAGCACACGCCCGAGACGCACUACCAGCUGAGCGGCAUCGUCGUGCACUCGGGGCAGGCGUCCGGCGGCCACUACUACUCGUAUGUCUUGCUCAGAGAUAAUGGCAGUGAAACGGGUCGUUGGGUGAAGUUGGACGAUGGCGACGUAUCCGAGUGCGCCAUGCAUGACGAUGACGAGAUGAAGGCGCAGUGUUUCGGCGGAGAAUAUAUGGGCGAGGUAUUUGAUUCUACUAUAAAGAGAGUAUCCUAUAAACGUCAGAAGAGAUGGUGGAAUGCUUACAUGCUCUUCUACACGAGGAAAGACACGAUUGAAACAACUGGUCUUGAAAACUCCAUGCAAAAUAUGACCCUCAAAGAAAGUGCCAUACCGAAGCCUAUCUGGAAUUCUGUUCGUCGUAGCAACAUUGCAUUUUCCCAUAAUCAAGAUCAAUUUAGCCUUGAACAUUUUAAUUUUAUGAAAAAACUGUGUUGUAUGCGACUACAAGUACUACCUGGUUCGCAAAGUGCUGUAUGGGGCCCAGAACAUGAAGAAAUGUCAAUGUUAGCUGUGCAAUUAGCUUCCAAGUUCCUGUUUCAAGUUGGUUUUCACACAAAGAAAACUUUGCGUGGUCCACCUUCGGAUUGGCAUGAUAUUCUUUGCCAUCACUUAAGAUGUUCUCAAGCGGUUAGAGCUUGGUUUGCAACGGAUCUAUUUAAGCAUCCCCAUAGGUUAUGUGAUUACUUACUUUCCUGUCCGAUUGCCGAAGUAAGAGUGGUGUUUACAAAAAUUAUUGUAUUCUUAGCUCAUUUCUCGGUCCAGGAUCCACCAGUGAGCAGCGGGUACGGGUCGUGGUGCUCGCGCGAGGAGGCCACGUCGCUGUCGGACCAGCUGCUGUGCAGCGCGCGCGCACUGGCCGCGCCGCCGCACGCGCACCACUCCGAUCACCGCCAUCUGCCACUGCUCUUCAAUCUUUUUCACGCCUAUGCGAUGCUCGGCCUUGGGGAGCGACACCAACUAUUGCGGCUUAAGAUUUUGGACAUCGUGUUGACAGUCUGUGUAGAAGAUACGACAUCCUCGCUUGGAAAGUAUCCAUAUCCAGAGUCGGCUAAAAUACAUCAGGUUGUGUGCGCUCUAGUGCGGUGUUGCGAUGUGAGUGCGCGAUGCCAGUCAGCCAGUGCCAGCGAGGGAGCACUGCCGCUGCCCAACCCCUACGCGGAACCGCAACCCGCGCACGCGCACUCGUCGCGCCCUGUGCUCUCUGCCACUGCCGCUGAUGUUCUCUACAACCGAACGGGGUCUUAUAUGAAGAAAUUGACCGAGGAGUGUUGUGGCUGUGAAGAAGGAAUCAGACUACUGCAGUUCUUGUGCUGGGAGCAUGCGGGCUGGUCUCGUAUGGCGCUGGCAGAAUUACUCUGGCAAAUGGCUUACGCAUUCUGUUAUGAAUUACGCCGGCACGCCGACGCGCUGACAGCAUUACUGCUCAUGGAAGAUAGCUGGCAGCAUCACCGGAUACAUAAUGCUAUCAAGGGUGUUUCGGAAGAGCGCCCAGGGCUCCUUGAGACGGCGCUGCGUGCACGUAGUCACUACCAAAAACGUGCAUAUGCAUGUGUGAAGCUAGUGGUGGGAGUCAUGUGCCGCACGCCGUUGGCCGUGCGCGCCGUGCACGCGCAGCCCGACGCGCGCCGUCGCUGGCGACAACUGCUCGCCUGGCUGCAAGACGAGCUCGACCGCAAGUAUGGACCGGGAGGAUACGGCUCGUACGGAACGUGGUCCCCACCUAGCAUAUCGAACGAAACCUCAAGUGGAUAUUUCCUGGAACGCAGCAAUUCUGCCAGGAAAACACUUGAAAAGGCGUAUCAGCUGUGCCCCGAAGAAGAAGAGGAGGAGGAGGAAUCGCGAGAGGCAGGCUCGGGCUCGGGCUCCGGCGACGCGGGCGAAGACAGCGGCGACGACGACGCGGCCGACGACGACGAUCCCGCGCCGCGCCGCCUGCAGCUGGCGCCGCCCGCGCCCCCCGCGCCGCCCGCACCGCCCGCGCCGCCCGCCCCUCCGCAGGGACUCUGAGCGCCUCUAGUCCUCUAUGUCGUUAUCGCCCCACGUUUCGUACGAGACGCCGCCGCCUAGACGUAGUUUUGUUCUGUGAUGUUAACGAUACGUGUAUGCUCGCUUCCGACGACGCUCGGGAUGUGCGGCUCCGUCGAUGCGUUGCUUACUUUUUAAUUGUUUAUGUAACAUAAUGUUCCGCUUUAAAAGUACCAUAGUAUUUAUUAUUUUUCUUUUUAAGACUUAAGAUUCUUUACUUAUUCGAUAGGGGAAUUUAUUUUCUAUCGACGCAAAGCAUAUUUAAUAUUUUAUUCUUGUAAGGAAACAUUAUAAGGUUCGAUCGACUCCGUUCCUCAUGAUCGUUGACGAUUUAUCAAGCGUGGAUGAAAGUGAAAUUAAAAAUAAAAUCAUGUUCGAUUAUUAUAAUUCACUAAAACUUACCUAGAUAGGCUGAAUACAGGCCACCCAUAGUCUGCUUUGUAACAACGACAACUAUAUUAAAAACACUCGAAAAUAAAUUUCAAAAUUACGUAAAAUAAAUUAAAAACAAAAAAAACUGAGAAUAAAUAAUAGCCAAAUCCGUUUAUGACUGAUAUAAUUUUAUAAUAAACAGUUAAUAUUUAAGAUUCGUAUAUUAAUCAUAAGCAUUAAGCAUCAACAGUGAGCGACUCAUAAUAAAUCACUUAUAAAUACUUUCAUCAAUUUUACUUAAUAUUUGUAGCGGCAGUAAAUAUAGUACUUUUAGCAUGUUAAAGAAUGUGUGUAAAGUAGACGAUUGAAAUAAGUUAUUAUUUAUUAGUUUAAUAUUACGUAGAAAAUAUUCCAAAAUUUAAACAAUUUUUCACUAGAUUUUACUAAAAUAGCAAGUAAUUUAAAAUCAAUACAUCUAACUUUACUAUAACUAUAACAAGCAAAUUUUUAAAAAAAUAUAAAUUCAUAUGAGACAAAAAUAUCUUUAAUAUUUACUUUGAAAUUGUUUUCGAGUGUUUGUCACAAUCGAAAAGAGACAUACAGUCCAUUUCCUACAUCACAAGUUGUAGUUCAUUCAUGAAUAUACAGAAGUUAUGUUGCUUUAUUGACUCUUUAGUUGUUUAGUUAUAAUAAAAUUUAGCUUAAAAAUAUUAUUUUAUAUAUGUAAAGUUAACUUAUAUUAAAAAAAUAAAAUAUCUUGUUUAGUUACAUUAAUUGAUUGACUGCACAUUUCUGUGGUUGAGGCCAAGUUUUGGCCUAAUGAGCACUAUGCGUUACAACGUUUUUAUAACUUUAUUGCUAGCUUUAUAAUAGUAACAAAGCGUGUAGAGAGUGUAGAUAUUAUAGAGGUAUUAAACACUAGUCUAACAGGAAAAUGUUGCCACGUCGAUGUUCUGCUUUGUAUUAUAUGUUAUUUAUUUUAAUAUUCCAUAAAAGGUUGUAUAUUUUUUCCUUUCAUUUAGAUACUAAUUCGUGGCGUCGCUCAGGCUAUCAGGGAGAUGUGUGAAUUUUGUGUGAUACACUCGUCAUAGUACACUAAUCGUUUUAUACCAGUAUUUAACUAACAAAGGCUAAUGCAGAUUUUAAUGACACAUAAGCAUUUUAAAACAUUUUGUACAAUAUAGAAGAGUAAGUUCGUUGGUAUUCAAUUUAAUCCUGAAUAGUUACAGAAUGCAUUAUAUAGUUACACGUUUUAGAGUACCAAGUUUUUGCCGUAUUCCUACCGAACUAACAGCACAUGUAGUGAACUUAUUUAUCGAACACAAAUAAUAUUGGUCAUAGUGACCUUGUGCCUUACUUUUAUUUUCGUUGCUCAAUUGGUUUACACCUGAUAGUCUGUACCGUCUAUUGUCAGAUCAAAAGAUUAUCAAUAAAAUUAAAUAAAUAUUGCUUUUCAUAAAAAAAUUAACAUUCUUAAAUCAUAUUAUCGCGUAACAAACUUAAGGCUUGCAUGAGUGUGAUCAUGUUUCCAAAUUAUGCAAAGCUUGGUGCAGUGACCGUUGAUUGUUGUUAACUUUAUUACCAAAGAUGGAUUUAUGGAAUAAGGGUAAUUGGCGGCCCUUUUUCUUCAUAGCUUAAUAAUUGAAAUGUUUUGUAUCUUUUAUAAAAUACAAAAGUUAAUGAUGUUUUGUUAUUAAAAGAAAAUUGUGAUCGACCUUAGGCUUAGAUAGGAGAGAUAUUUGAUGAUGUAACACAAAACUAAACUGCCAAUCACAUUUAACGAUUUUUAAACAUGUAUGAGUUUCAAUAUCGUGUAAAUAUCAUGAUCAACGUUCUUGAAUGUCUAUUGUUUUUUAUCUAGAAACCAAAUAAUGCUUCGAAAGUUGUAAUAUAAGUCGAAAAGAUGCGUUAAAAACGUAAAAUCCUUCGCAUGAAUUGAAAACUCUCAUACUUGAAAGUCAACCUGUGAUGCAAAUGAUGAUCACAGGGCAGUAACAAGUCAAAAUUGUUGAAAAUUUGCAUGCCUAUUCGCCUGAACAGUGUAAAAUUAUAAUUGAUAAAUUUAUUAUAAGAUCAGUUGAGUUUUGUAUAAUGUUUCUAUGGCAAAUAUGUAACGAAUGGCAUUUGACAUUAUAGAAUGCUCUCAGAAUGCAUUCAAAUAUAAUAAAAUCAAAAAAAUAAAUUUUGAACAUUU